GGAGAGGAGAGGAGCGGAGCGGAGCCGAGCGCAGAGCCACCGGCUCGCCGUUAGCCAGGCCGGCCCUGCGGGGAGGCGGCUGGCGGAGCGGGCUGGGGGCCGCCCCCGGGCCUCUCCCUCCCGCCCCCCCGCGGCAUGGUCCCGCCCGCCCCGCGGCGCCCCCGCCCCGCGCCCGCGCUGCCUGGGCCAGCGGGAAGAUGGAUGGGCACGUCCUGGGCUGGAUCGUCCUCCUGUGGCUCGCAGCUGAGAUGGAAGGGUUGCAGGUCACCGUGCCUGAGAAGAAGAAGGUGGCCAUGUUGUUUCAGCCUGCUCUGCUUCGCUGCCAUUUCUCUACUUCUUCCACCCAACCAGCUGUGGUCCAGUGGAGGUUUAAAUCUUACUGCCAGGACCGGAUGGGAGAAGCUUUGGGUAUGGCGACUUCUGGUUUACAAACGAUGAGCAAGAGGAACCUGGACUGGGAUCCCUACCUGGACUGUGUGGACAGCAGGAGGACAGUCCGUGUCGUGGCCUCCAAACAAGGAUCUGCUGUCACUAUAGGGGACUUCUAUAAGGAAAGAGAUGUCAGCAUUGUCCACGAUGCAGACCUUCAGAUUGGGAAGUUGAUGUGGGGAGACAGUGGACUCUAUUACUGCCUUAUUAUCACACCGGAUGAUGUGGAGGGCAAGAAUGAAGAAUCAGUGGAGCUGCUUGUGCUUGAUCGGAGAAGCUCUGUUCCAGAUUCUUUCCCCCCAGCUCUGCUGAUAAAGAUAAAAUACAAGGACACAGAAAUGGCAGAAGUGCAGAGGCAGACACCAGGCAUCGAGCAGGAUGACAUCUAUGGCAGGACAGGGCUGCUUGCUGAUCUCUUGCCCAGUUUUGCUGUGGAGAUUAUGCCAGAGUGGGUCUUUGUGGGCCUGGUGAUCCUGGGGGCGUUCCUGUUCUUCCUCCUGGUGGGGAUCUGCUGGUGCCAGUGCUGCCCACACAGCUGCUGCUGCUAUGUCCGCUGCCCCUGCUGUCCUGAGUCCUGCUGCUGUCCCCGGGCAUUGUACGUAGCAGGCAAAGUAGCAAAAGCUGGGUACCCUCCUGCAGUGUCUUCCAUGCCAGGUCCAUACUACAUCCCCAGUGUUCCUGUAGCUGGUGUCCCAUCUCCUGCUGUGCUCAUGGAUAAAUCGCACCCUCCUCCCUUAGCCCCAAGUGACUCCAGCGGAGGAAGCCAAAAUGCAGUGCGCAAAGGGUACAGGAUCCAGACUGACAAGGAAAGGGACUCCAUGAAGGUGCUGUACUAUGUCGAGAAAGAACUGGCUCAGUUUGACCCAGCUAGGAGGAUGCGAGAACGAUAUAACAACACCAUCUCUGAACUCAGCUCUUUGCAUGAAGAGGACUUGAACUUCCGGCAGCCCUACCGCCAGGCACGAAGGAAACCUCUGCCUCCUGCGGAGGACCUGGAUGGCGAUGCAGAAUACUGGGCGGGAGUGAUUGGCGGGGGCAGCACGUCAAGAUCACAGGCUGUCUCUGAUUACAGGGAUGAGCGGGACAGUUUCCGGCACAGCCAGCAGAGAUCCAAGUCCGAGAUGUUGUCCCGUAAGAGUUUCUCUGUGGGAGUGCCGGCUGUCUCUAUGGAUGAGCUGGCAGCCUUCGCAGAGUCCUACAGCCAGCGGACCCGGCGGGCAGAGAGCCAGGAAACUCGGCGUUUCGAGCGGUCGGAGUCGCACGGUGGCCGCAGUGGAGGGCUGCCCCACCAGGAUAGCUCGAUAGAGGAGUACUACACCAAGCGUAGCAGAGGGAACCGAGAGCCACUGACGGACUCGGAUCGUGGCUGGUCAUACAGCCCACCCCGGAGACGGGCCCAUGAGGAGAAGCACCUGCCCAGGCUGGUGAGCCGGACGCCCGGAGGGAGCCAGAAAUACGAUCACUCCUACCUCAGCAGCGUCUUGGAGAGGAAAUCCCGGAGCUACGAUGAGAGUGGAGACCUCAGCGAAACCCCCUCAAAGCUGAGCUCACAGCCCAGCCAGAGAGGAGGGGGAACAUAUUACGCCUGGUCACCACCCUCUACCUACAAAGCCGAGAAGUCGCAGCAGCAGCUGCAGCAGCCGCCACCACCACCUCAGCAGGAGGAAGAGGAGGACACGCUGCCCCCGUACAGCGAGAGGGAGCUGAGCCGAGGCCCGUCGUACAGGGCCAGGGAGCAGGCCUACCUCAACGCUUCUGACAAGAAGAGGAAAAAGGACCCCAAGAAAACAAACGAUUUCCCGACGAGGAUGUCCCUCGUGGUUUGAAGUUGUUGUGGACAUGUCAUGUUGAUGGGCUGCAUACCGUGAGGUGACUGCAGUGGAAAAGAUACAGAGCAGCAAGCAAGACAGGCCUCUGAACCUUUGCAGCCACCAGCCAUGGACUCUUUGUUUCAAUUGUUUGUUUCAUCGGGGGAGCAGAGGCUUUCAUAAGAGACAGACUCCCAUGAACAGCACUUGAUCUCAGAGGCUCUGGGAGUCUGCCAGGAAAAUGAGGCCAGGGCUCUCUUUGGCACCCUGCUUUCCAGUGUCCUCCAUUCUGUGCUGGAAGGCAGCCACGUCCCUACUGUAGCUGCAGCCCUGAACUACAAGCGAGACUGCUCUGUGCCUCUUGCCCUGUCUGAUGUGCAGAGAGAGGCCUGUGUGCCUACCUCUUGCUCUCUCUGUCUCCUCAGUUCUCUGUUUGGAUUAAAUAUUGUCUCCAUACUUAUACUUAGCGCCUUUCCUGUAUCAUCCCCAUGCUGGGAGGAGACCUUGUUCUUAAAGCCACUGACUGCCUCCAGCUGAUCGGGCCCUAAAUCGUGAAAGAAAAUCUACAUCCUUUCAGACACUAUAGAAAAGGACUCAUGAGGUGUUACUUUGGCAAGGGCUGAACAGAGAGAGAGAGAGGCAAUUAUGGGCUGGUUUGUUCAAUAUAUUUAGUUCUGUUCAUUGUGUGAUGAGAGUUGCAGGUGAGAUUGAUGUAUUGUUUUGAACGUGGAUCAAAGUAGCUUUUAUUGUGAUGAGA